UUAUGGUUGGAAGUUGCUGUAGGCAGUAGAAGGAGGCCUGACACGAGAGGGAGAUUUAGGGUUCGUGGUGCCCGCCUCUGGUCUUCUCCGGGCUUUGAAGUUCGGGACGUGUAGGUGAACCCCGCCUUGUCAACCUCACAUAGAGCCCCCCGGCUCUGCUGCUCCUUCGGCAUCACCUGCCCUCCCAUCCCCAGUUUUUCCUGGGGUCCCCUCAUACGCCACUUUUGCUACCUCCUGCCCCGUCCCGUGGCCUCCGGCUCCAGGGGAGCCAUGUACGGAGGACGGCGGCGGGGAGUAGUGUUGGCCGCGACUGGCCCACUUGCCAGCUUUCUAGCUGUCCUUCGCUGCCUUCCGGGUGUUAAAUGCAGCCGGGCUGCCAGGCCCCUACCCCUGGCCAGAUGGAUCCCUCCUCGGCUCAGAAGUCCGGUGCCGAAACCUCCUGCAAAGACAGAUGGCAUCCAGGAGAAAGAUGUCUUGUCCCUUCUACAGAUCGUGGAAAACUUUGUGAAGCAAGCAUAAAAUCUAUUACAGUGGAUGAAAAUGGCAAAUCAUUUGCAAUUGUCUUGUAUUCAGACUUUCAAGAAAGGAAAAUACCUCUUACAAGACUUCAAGAAAUAAAGUCUAUCAAAGAUUGCCCAAGGAAUUUUAUAUUUGAUGAUGAAGAUUUAGAAAAGCCUUAUUUCCCAGACCGAAAAUUUCCAUCAUCUGCUGUUGCUUUUAAGUUAUCUGAAGAUGGAGAUUCUAUUCCUUAUACCAUUAAUAGGUAUUUGAGAGACUAUCAAAGGGAAGGAGCCCAGUUUCUUCAUGGACACUACAUCAAAGGAAGAGGGUGCAUUCUUGGUGAUGACAUGGGACUUGGAAAAACAGUACAGAUAAACAGAAGUGCACAAAUUUAUGAGCCAAAUAUUACCCUCCCUAUGGAGUUUAUUUUUUACAUGGAAAGAAGAAUGUAUACAGUUUAUUUAAAUAGAGGACAUGAAAAGAUAGUUUCCAUGGAUAGAAAAACAAAUAAGAAGGUUAUUUCAUUUCUGGCUGCAGUUUUGCAUAAAAAGGGAACCCGUGAGGAUAUCGAAAACAACAUGCCAGAGUUUUUACUAAGAAGUUUGAAAAAGGAACCCCCUUUGUCAACAGCAAGAAAGAUGUUCUUAAUAGUUGCUCCUCUCUCUGUACUCUAUAACUGGAAGGAUGAAUUGGAUACCUGGGGAUAUUUCAGAGUUACAGUUUUACAUGGAAACAGAAAAGACAAUGAACUGAUUCGUAUAAAGCAGAGGAAAUGUGAAAUUGCUCUAACAACUUAUGAAACACUGCGCUUAUGUCUGGAUGAGCUUAACAGUUUGGAGUGGUCAGGUAUCAUUGUGGAUGAAGCUCAUAGAAUCAAGAAUCCAAAGGCUAGAGUAACAGAAGUUAUGAAAGCUUUGAAAUGUAACGUCCGCAUUGGUCUGACUGGAACCAUUCUUCAGAAUAACAUGAAAGAACUGUGGUGUGUUAUGGACUGGGCUGUGCCGGGACUUUUAGGUAGCAGGACCCACUUUAAGAAGCAGUUUUCUGACCCAGUAGAACAUGGACAGAGACACACAGCAACGAAACGAGAACUAGCCACUGGGCGAAAGGCCAUGCGAAGGCUUGCAAAAAAGAUGUCUGGCUGGUUUCUCAGGCGUACCAAGACUCUUAUCAAGGAUCAGUUGCCUAAGAAGGAAGAUCGGAUGGUGUAUUGUUCUCUGACAGAUUUCCAGAAAGCUGUCUACCAAACAGUGCUAGAAACAGAAGAUGUGACUUUGAUACUUCAGUCUUCAGAGCCUUGUACCUGUAACAGCGGCCGAAAAAGGAGAAAUUGUUGUUAUAAGACCAAUUCACAGGGUGAAACAGUGAAGACCUUGUAUUUCAGUUACCUCACAGUCCUUCAGAAAGUAGCUAACCAUGUCGCACUCCUGCAGUCUGCUACCACCUCCAAACAACAGGAAACACUUAUAAAAAGGAUAUGUGAUCAAGUAUUUUCUAGAUUCCCAGAUUUUGUGCAGAAAAGCAAAGAUGCAGCCUUUGAAACACUUUCUGACCCCAAAUACAGUGGAAAAAUGAAGGUCCUUCAGCAGCUUUUAAAUCACUGCAGGAAAAACAGAAAUAAAGUUCUUCUCUUUUCUUUUUCCACUAAGUUGCUGGACGUGCUGCAGCAAUACUGUAUGGCAUCUGGGCUUGAUUAUCGACGACUUGAUGGCAGUACAAAAUCAGAGGAAAGACUGAGGAUCGUCAAAGAGUUCAACAGUACACAAGAUGUUAACAUUUGCCUUGUCUCUACAAUGGCUGGUGGACUUGGCCUCAAUUUUGUUGGUGCCAAUGUUGUUGUAUUAUUUGAUCCUACAUGGAAUCCAGCAAAUGAUCUUCAAGCCAUUGACAGAGCAUACAGGAUUGGACAAUGCAGAGAUGUCAAAGUCCUGCGGCUCGUGUCCUUGGGAACCGUGGAGGAAAUCAUGUACUUACGGCAGGUGUACAAGCAGCAACUUCAUUGUGUGGUAGUUGGAAGUGAAAAUGCCAAACGCUAUUUUGAAGCCGUUCAAGGAUCAAAAGAGCAUCGAGGAGAGCUUUUUGGGAUCCAUAACCUCUUCAGACUAAGACCCCAAGGGUCUUGUCUUACAAGGGACAUCCUGGAGAGAGAAGGCCAGGUGGAAGCAGGGAUCAUGACAGCCACAACAUGGUUGAAAGAGGGACCUCCCCCACCCAGAGUAGAAACGCCUAGACAGCCUGACUGUCAAGAACUCAGAGGUCCAGAACAGCUUGCAGAGCCACUGGCAAAGGAAGUGUGUGAUCUCUGCAGUGACUUAAGUGAUGAUGAAUCAGUGGGAACCUCAGGAAGAAAGGCUACUAAAAACAAAGCAUCUGAUUCAAGUAAAGCUUCCGGUUUUCCAGGACAGCUUACCUUACUCCAGUGUGGUUUCGCUAAAGUGUUUGAGGCAAAAUGUAAAGCAGUUGAAGAUCAUGAAGGAAGUAUUGCUUCUGAUGCUGAAAGUUCUGACGAGCAGCCCAUGUGCCUUUCAGCAGAAGCCAAAGAUGCUAGUUGUCAGAAAAAUCAGGACUCUCUUGGUACUUCAAAACAUCAGAAAUUAGAUAACAAUCUAAAUCUAAAUGAAAAGUGUAUUUUUUAUAAAAGUAAGAUUUUAGAACGGAACAUUUCUUCUGAGUCUGAUGAUGAGAAAACCAAGGAACAUUGCAUUUUACAGAAUGCCACAGAAUCUGAAGACAGUGAUGUCAUCUACCCCACACAAUGUGUAACUCAGAGAUUCCCUAAGAAUGGUAUAAGGUUAAAACCACUCUUGGAUGGAUCUGAAGAUUCUGAAAUAGAAAGCCCUGUAAAAACAAGAAAUAAUGAUGAUGAUAGAAAGACUGAUGACAGAGAAAAUGGAAUAAUUUCAAAAAAGUUAAAUCCCGAGAACACAACCUUGAAACCUGUUAUGAAAAGAAAAGGCACUAGUGAUAUUAGUGACGAAUCUGAUGAUAUUGAAAUGUUCUCCAAGUCAAGAGUAAGAAAGCAAAAAGCUACUAGAUCAUUGAAAUUUAGGAGAAAAAAGGAAGAUAAAAGGGAACUUGAUUUUUCUAAAACAAUGAAGAAAACAAACCAACUGUAUACAACACAUGAGAAUUGUAACUCUCAGUUUAUUGAUGAUUAUUCAUCAUCAGAUGAUGAUUUAUCUACCGGCCACUUUAGUUUCUCUAAACAGAACCAUAGACCAAAAACUAUAAAAGGAAGAAUUAGUUUCUCUUCAGAAUUGCCUACUCAUAAUGAGAAAAAUAGCACUUUCAUGCCAAGGAAACCAAUGAAAUUUUCAAAUGAGAAGGUUGUCAAUCAAGAGCAGAUGUAUGAAUCAAUGGAUAAACUUUUAGAUGGUGUUCAGGAAGUGGCUUACAUUCACUCAAACCAGAAUGUGAUUGGAUCAAGCAAAGCUGAAAAUCACAUGAGCCGAUGGGCAGCACGUGAUGUAUUUGAAUUGAAGCAGUUUUCCCAGCUGCCUGCUAACAUAGCUGUUUGCAGUUCUCAGACAUACAAAGAAAAAGCAAAUGCAGAUACAUCAACAUAUACAACAAAAGACCAACAACCAAGUGAAGGAAACAUUUCAUUUCCUCUUUACAUUUCAAAGCCUGUAAGCCAGAAGAAGAAAAAAGUGUUCCGAACAGACCAGACCACCUUCAUCAUUGGAGAAACACCAAAAGGAAUCCGGAGGAAACAGUUUGAAGAAAUGGCCUCUUACUUUAAUUCAUCUUCUAUAAAGGAAUUUGCUAAGCAUAUAACUAAUGCCACAUCAGAAGAACGACAGAAAAUGCUAAGAGAAUUUUAUGCUUCUCUAUAUCCAGAGGUAAAAGAAUUUUUUGUGGAUUCUGCUUCAGAAUUCAUCAGUUCUUCCUAUCAGGAAGAAAAGACAGUCAGGAAGAAAUCUGAAAAAAGAGAAUCUCUUAUAAAAGAAGGGCUGUCAGAUUCUGAAACUUUGUCAUUUAAAGAUUCUACCAACAAAAUUGCUCAAAUUUGUAGCCCAAGAAUAUAUAAAGGAAAAUCAAAUAAGUUUCAAAGUCAUGGUUCCUAUAAGGAAGAGGUGUGUUCUAAAGAAGCAGAAACUAAGAAAUCGCCUAUUAGUUCUACCCAAGAGAUUGACAAUGGAAAAAACAAGGCAUCCAAAGAUAGUAUAUCCUGUUCCCCCAACAGUAAGUCUGAAGCACAUGAGAGAGAGUUAGAAAACACCAGGAAAGACCAACAGGACCUCAGAAGAACAAGCAUUUCAAGAAACACACCCCUUUUCAAAUUGGAAAACAAAAAGAUAGAAAAUCCAGUAUUAGAAAACACUUCCGUGGUAGGCUUACUCGGCGACACUUCUAUUCUUGAUGACCUCUUUAAAAGUCAUGGGAACAGUGCCACACAACUACCAAAGAAAGUUCUUUCAGAGCCCAUGGAAAAAGCAAAACGGAGACCAAAAGACUUCUGGGACAUCUUGAAUGAGCAGAAUGAUGACAGUCUUAGCAAACUCACCGACUUGACAGUAAUAGAGACUUUGUGUGAAAAAACACCCUUUGCUAUAUCCUCCAAAAGUAAAGAUGAGCUAGAAACUUCUCUUUGGAAAUCAAAUGAGAAAUUUUUGUGGAAGAAAUUUAACUCAAGUGAUUCAGAUGAAAACCUAACCAAUACACAGAGUGAUCUAUAACAUGUGAGUGAAUUACUACACCAAUGAGCCAUCACUGUGUACAGCACUCUAUUCUGCACUAAUUAUAUUAUCUCGAAGACAGUUGUCAACUUGUACUUUUUAUUAAAUUCUUGCUUUAGAGUUUUUUUUAAAGUCUAAGAUAUGUAUUUGGGGUUUUUUGAUAUCUGAUUUGAUCUUUUAAAAAUAUGAUUGCAUUAUGGUACAGACCUCUGUUAUGAAAUGGAAAAUGGUCUAGAUUUGUUAUUAGGAGACCUGGGCUCUCUCUUACCGUAAAUUAUGCAACCUUAGAUAAGUCACUUGCCCUGGUGUUCAUCUUUUCCUAAUAUAAGAGAGGAAUGGUUUCAACUAGAUAAACAUGUGUGCUUCAAUUUUAAAAAGCUUUGGUUCACUCUUCCAAGUUCCCUUAGGUCAUGGGCCAACUCCUGCCUAUCCCCCAAACCAGGUACACAUUGAGGUGUCUCUUUCUCAUGAGCAUUUGGAAAGCACUUAAGUAUUUUCCUUUUUCCUCAGUAUCAAGUUCUUUUAUUACUAACUUAUUUUAGAUAAAAGUUACAACUAGUACUGAAUAUAUGCUAUUGCAUUAAAAUGGUUGGUCUUUUUCUAACAACUCAAAAUAAAACUAUUAUGAUUUAAUCAAUAUAAAUAAAGCUUUAUAUAAUACUUUUGUAUUUAAGUAUGACGAAAUGAGUAAAUACUUGAUUUUAUUUUGAAACUGUUACAUUUUGUUGGAUUUAUACAGUUUAAACUGGAAUGUGCUGGUUGUUGAAUUUAUUUAUUUAGAAGCACUCAUUCAGCUCCUAUGUUCUAUGCUAUGAGCUUCAACUUCACAGGUGAGGUACAGCUAGAGGUAAAAGAAAGGAAAUCAUGUCUGUAAAGGGUCAUGUCUAAAGCCCCUGGCAUCAUGCCUGCACAUUGUAGGCAGAGACCUGAGGCUUCUACUGACGCAGGUUCAAAUGCGCAGUUGAACUUUCCCUCAGUUAAGCCUUCAGGGCUGUGAUCGUUAGGAAGUGUCCAUCCUGCAAAUAGCACCAAGCCAGGAAAUGGUUGUACUCAGAGAUCACUGCUGUUGUAUUGAGGAGAGAGAACUUUGAAGUACCCAGGAUGUGGAGUCUCCUUGCUUAGAAGGGAAAGAAAUAAAAAUCUUUUCUCAAGGGACUGAAAUCACCAAGAAUGUUUUUUCUUUAGAACAAUGUUUGGCUUUGGAGAACUGUGAAAUGUAUUUUAUAUCAUGAUGCAAUAUAUAUGUGUUCAUACGUCAACAUGAUUGAAAUAAAAUGUUUAUGAAAUAAUAUUUACACUGAAGGCAUGUAAUACACUUUGACAGUUUGCCCUUCUA